AUGCCGAAUUACUAUAGCUCUUCAGUCAAUUGGACGACAAGUGUUAAUAGUUGUCAGCCACUAAAAAAACGUAAUCUUCUAGAAAAUUUACAAAUUGAACCUGAUAAAGUUUCUCCUAUACCAGCACCAGCACCACCACCAUUUCAAGAUUUUCUUACAGUUCUUAAUACAAAAAAACGAACACAUACAAGUUUAAAUGUAAAUGGUAUUACUAGUGAUAGUAAUGUUUAUCUUCUUCAUCAAACACCAUCACCAUUACUUGAUCAUACAAAUUAUAAAUAUCCUAAAAUUCGUGCAAGACCAAUUUAUAAUUUUAAAUAUAAUGAAACAAAUAUUUGGACACAAUCAUCAUUGAAUUCAACAAAAUUUGAUGUAAAUAUUCUUAAUAAAUUUUUUGCUAAAGAAACAAAACAAAUCAAUAGCAAUGAACAGCAUACGAAAAAUUCAUCGAUGACAACAACAAUUACACGACCAUUUCAAAUACUUGAUAAAUCAUCACAAUUAAAUUAUGAUGUAACUAUGCGACAUUUACUUCAAUUAUUAGCAAAGAAUAAUGGUCAAAAUGCCACUAUUGAUGAUGUUCUUCAUGGUAUCGAUACAGGAAAUAUUGAUAAUGAAUGGCUUCAAUGUGUUCAACGUUUAAAUAAAACAUUAAAUAAACAUUUUGAAAAACGACCAGACCAUAAAAUCAAAUUUGAAACAUAUAAUAUUGAAAAUUUUAAUAAUAUAAAUUUAAUUGAAUUAUUUUUUAUAAAACUUCUUCAUAUACCAAAUUAUAAUUUUAAAUUAAAUUGUUAUCAAUAUCGUGAUGAAUUACAAUUACAAUUAAAUUUAUUAAGUCAAUCAAUUGAUAAUCUUAUUCAUAAUAUUGAAUUAAUUUUAAAUAAUAAAUACUUACCUGGUAUAUUUCAACUUUUAUGUUAUUUAUAUAAUAUUAUAUCAAAUAAAUCUGUACCCGGUCUUGAUUUUAUAUCAUUAAUUGAUGCAUUAAAUUCACCAAUAAAUCAAUUGAAUAAAACUGUUGCACAUGUUCUAGUAGAAAUUCUUAAUGAAUAUUAUUCAAAUUAUUUAAUAAAUAUAAUUAAUGAUGAAACAUUAAUUGAAUUAAAAAAAUUUAUUUCAAUAAAAUAUGAAAAAUUUUAUAUAGAAAUACGUGAAAUUUAUCAACAAUAUCAGCAACUUGAAUAUGAAUAUAUAAAUAUUAAAAAUCAAUAUGAAUUACCAUUAUUUAUUUCAUCAAUGUUUUUUGAAACAAAAAAACAAUUUGAUAAAUUAUUUCAACAAGAAAUUCUUAUAAAAACAGGUGAACAAAAUUUAGCUAAUUAUUUUUGUUCAAAUGAUUUAACAAUUGAUAUUUGUUUAUCAACUAUUGGUCAAUUUGUUGAUAAACUUCGUCUUGCAUAUAUUGAAAAUAUGAAAGAAAAAAAACAAAAAAUUUCAAUAAUAAAUAAUGAACGUAAACAUUCGAUAUUUUUACCAAUAAAUAAAACAUCUUCGUUUUUAUCAUGUGUUUAA